UCCCAGAUAACGCGUGAAACUUAAACGGCGCUAUAUAAAUCACUUUCCACUCUUCUAGGAGAAAAAUAAUUCUCAAAAAUCCAAACCCUAUCACACUCUCUCUCUCUCUCUCUCUCCCUCCGCCAUGGAUGAUGAAGUGCGCAAGAUCUUCAGCAAGUUCGACAAAAACGGCGAUGGAAAAAUCUCACGCUCAGAACUCAAAGAAAUGCUUUUAACGCUCGGAUCAGAAACUACAUCAGAAGAAGUGAAACGCAUGAUGGAAGAACUCGAUCAAAACGGCGACGGUUUCAUUGAUCUGAAAGAAUUCGCUGAUUUUCACUGCACUGAACCUGGAAAAGAUGAAUCUAGCGAGCUUCGUGAUGCUUUUGAUCUUUACGAUCUUGAUAAGAAUGGUUUGAUUUCUGCUAAUGAAUUGCACGCUGUUUUGAUGAAACUCGGUGAGAAAUGCUCGUUGAAUGAUUGUAAGAAGAUGAUUAGUAAUGUUGAUGUUGACGGUGAUGGAAAUGUGAACUUCGAAGAGUUCAAGAAGAUGAUGGCUCACUGAACGCUGAAAGCUGAAUUGAUCGAAUCAACGAUUUCGUUGUAAACUGUACGUUUUCGUUUUUUCGAAUUGUUAGGGUUUAGCGAUGAAGAUGAUUUUAACUAGGUAAGAAACUACGAAUUUCACGCAAAGUAGUUAAUAUUUUCUGUACAUUCUCUGAUCUUUUCUACGCUAUGUUUAAUUUUAGGUUAGUGACUGAAUCAGUAGUAGAAGUUGAUGAUUAGUUUUCUGGUUAAACGCUGAUGAUUUGAUUGUUCAUAUAUAGUUCUAAAUUGCAGUUCAACUUUUAAUUGAUUCUGCAGCGAAAUUGCAACUAUAAUAUUGAUUGCAUUUGUUGCAAACCGCAAGAUCGAUAUUAAUUUGCAGUAUCAUAACUGCAAUUUAGAACUAUAUUAGUUUAGUAGUUAAGUUUUUAGUUCAAUGUUAGUGAUUCUGAUGUAAUGCAUUUUCUGAAUAUUAAUAUGAUUUGGUACUUUGUUUUUA